CAUAGUAAACCGGGAAAUUAAGGAACUAGUUGGGCAAUAAUGUGACCUAUAAAAUAAACCUAUCAAUAUGAUUUAUUUUAAGUCUGCGCGCUUUUAUAUGAUAUUUUUAGACGACGGAAUUUUCAAAUUAAGCGCGAUAGUUUAAACAUUACACAUUCAACGAGCUCUAUUGGAUAAUAUUCUACAUGUUUUGUAUGGUAAUUUAGUUGAAAAGCGUAUAUUUUAUUGAGAAUCGGGAAGCAGUCGUGUUUUGCUUUUGAUAUAAAUAAACAAAUCAUGAGUGCUUUUGGGAAAUAUUCCUCAUCGCCUAAUCAACAGGAUAGUGAUUCUAGUUCUGACAGUGAUGGUGAUUCUGCAGAUGAACAGGAUUUCUCAAAAGUUAAUGCUACUCGAGACAGUCUUCACAAUAGAGAAAAACGAAAUGUUUCUUGGUGUGAUAAUGUACAAAAAAUAACCCCCUCCGCACCUCCAAUGUCGACAUUUCCAAUGGUAAGAAGGGUUGUGUGGCCUCCACCGUCGACCUCACAACCAUCAUUUAGAAACGCCUACGUCGAUCCUCGCAAUUUUCCAUUGGGAAACCCGUAUAUGGGUUCGAAAAUGCAGUUGUAUUGCAGAAGUGGUUGGUUUUUAGCUGUUUAUCCUGAUGGGAAAGUUCGGGGUAGUCGAGACGAAAAUGAUCCCUAUACAUAUCUGGAGCGGGAAUCAGGCGGUUUGCCUCCUGAGCAUGUUAAAUUUAGAGGGCUUACAACUAAUUUAUAUGUGGCAAUGCAUAAAAAGGGGAGGCUAUAUGGGGAAAGAGAUCCUAAUUCGCCCGCAACAGUUUUUAUAGAGUCAUUCCAUGGUUCAUACAAUAACUAUCUAUCAAGGCAGUACGCCCACCUGGGCUGGUAUAUGGGAAUAAAAAAAUCCGGAAAAUUUAAAAAAGGAUCUAAAACGAAGUUUGGUCAAAGAGCCAUUAAGUUCUUACCGAGAAGAACGAGAUUUGAAUAACCUUUAUCAUAAUAAAAUCAUAUUAUAUAUAUCUAAAUAAUAAAAUUCUUCUAACGAUCCAAGUUAUGAGAAAGUCAUACCAGAGUUUAAUUUUAGUAAUUUGUAUUAUCCUAAGUAAGUAUUUUAUCAACCAAAGAUUGUUUAAUAACCACUUAGAAAAUUAGCUUAAUAACAUUAUUAUUAUCGAAACAUAAGGAUUUGCAUUUGUUAAUUAUAAAUACGUACGUAGGUAUCAAAAUAACGAUAAUAUAUUUUUUUCAAAAAAUAA